AACUGAGGAGCGUUCCGAUAAACACUGAGUAAAACAGAGACAGGAAAUAGAGGGUCUUGGGGUAAUGAGUUCCAGCCACUCUUGAAACAGAAAGCUAGGGAAGGCAUUGCUUGAAAAUAGUUUCUCUAUGACAGCCUAGCCAUUUUUAGCUUCUUAUUUUACCAUUACAAGGGAACACUCUCACUGCAGAUUUCAGCUGCACUACAGAAGCUUCCUUUUUUCCCUUCUUUCUCUUCUAGAGACCAUCUGGCAUUAUGCAUCUUUUGAAGCCUUUAGCAUGAUAUUACUGCCUGCUGAUGAUUGAUCUCUCCUUUUUUAAAAAAACAAACAAACAGAUGCUCUGGGUUGGGGAGGUAGAGAAAGCCGCCUGAAGUUUAUACAGUUGUGUAUAUACUUCCAAUAGAAGCAUUUAGAAGGAACCUGAGGGACAGUUUUAAGUCAAAUAUGUACAGACAUUAAGCUUGCUAGAUGGUGAGGAAAGACAGUGUGAGUUGGGGAAAGAAUAAGAAAGAUUGUCUCCAGAACAAAGCUCUGAACCCAGGGAAUAUAAUUGCUGAGAUGGGCCCGAAGCAUGGAUAGUGAGAUUGAUAUUUACAAACACUUCACGUGGCUAAAGAGGAACAUAUCAUACGGAAAGCAGGAUUGGACCAAGAUGAGGUGUGAUGGAGGUGUGAAAAUCGGAGGGAGAAAUAUCCAUAAUUUAAGAUAUGCAGACGAUACCAUACUACUAGCAGAAACCAGUAAUGAUUCAAAAUGAGUGCUGAUGAAAGUUAAAGAGGAAAGCACAAAGGCAGGACUACAGCUGAACAUCAAAAAGACUAAAAUAAUGACAACAGAAGAUUUAUGCAACUUUAAAGUUGACAAUGAGGACAUUGAACUUGUCAAGGAUUAUCAAUACCUCGGCACAGUCAUUAACCAAAAUGGAGACGAUAGUCAAGAAAUCAGAAGAAGGCUAGGACUGGGGAGGGCAGCUAUGAGAGAACUAGAAAAGGUCCUCAAAUGCAAAGAUGUAUCACUGAACACUAAAGUCAGGAUCAUUCAGACCACGGUAUUUCCGAUCUCUAUGUAUGGAUGUGAAAGUUGGACAGUGAAAAAAGUGGAUAAGAGAAAAAUCAACUCAUUUGAAAUGUAGUGUUGGAGGAGAGUCCUGUGCAUACCAUGAACUAUGAAAAAGACAAAUAAUUGGGUGUUAGAACAAAUUAAACCAGAACUACCAUUAGAAGCUAAAAUGAUGAAACUGAGGUUAUCCUACUUUGGACACAUAAUGAGAAGACAUGAUUCACUAGAAAAGACAACAAUGCUGGGAAAAACAGAAGAGAGUAGAAAAAGAGGAAGGCCAAAGAAGAGAUGGAUUGAUUCCAUAAAGAAAGCCACAGCUCUGAACUUACAAGAUCUGAACAGGGUGGUUCACGACAGAUGCUGUUGAAGGUCGCUGAUUCAUAGGGUUGCCAUAAGUCGUAGUCGACUUGAAGGCACACAACAACAACAACAUGGGAAAGUGCAGUAUUUAUUAUUGUCUCUGUUAGUGACUGAAGUUUGGAUAAACUGGAAUUACAUAGUUGUGUUUUUGCAUUAAGGAAGUUUGUUCACUAUGCAAUAUUAUGCAUAUCUUCUCAGAAUUAAAUUUCACUGAACUUAAUGGGCCUUACUCCCAGCUCAGUUAAGUGGAUAUAAGAUUGCAGCUUCAGGUCUGUCAUUCUGGGCACUCAAAAGGACAGGAAAUGGCAGUUGUUAAUAUUAUACUUUUAAAGGAUAUGCCCCUAAAUGAUAAAAUCAUACAUAUUUUAUUUUUGUAGAAACUCAGAUUUUAGCUUCUAAAUUAAAUUUUUUUGAUUCCAUACUUAUGCAUCAUAUGUUUUCAACUAAAGAUGCUUAGUAUUUGGGGCAUGUAACAUGUGUGUGUUAAACUGAGCUUAGUUCUCUUCACCUAAACAAAUGUGCUCACAAAGCAAUUUUCAGAAAGCCAUACUAUGAUUGCAAACUAAUCUCUGGUUUCCUAUGGCAAAAAGGACAUUGACACUAUGUAACAUUCUUGUGGGAGAGCUCAUUCUCGAAAAGUGUGGGCGUAAUUGGGACUGUUUCCAAACAUGCUUUCUAAAUAUGUGUGCUCUGUUAGGCAGCCUGUAGAGCUUCUUAUUCUGAGGAAGUUAAAGUGUGAUGGAAUUCCAGUAGCUUCCCAGGUGAAUCACCAUCCUUCUGCCAGUAAUGAAACCUAUCAAGAACGGCUGACAAGAUUAGAAGGUGAUAAAGAGUCUCUCAUAUUGCAGGUGAGUGUCCUUACAGACCAAGUGGAGGCCCAAGGAGAAAAGAUUCGAGAUCUAGAGGUUUGUCUUGAGGGGCACCAGCUGAAACUUAAUGCUACUGAAGAGAUGCUUCAACAGGAGCUGCUAAGCCGAACAUUGCUAGAAACUCAGAAAUUGGACCUAAUGGCAGAAGUUUCAGAUCUAAAGAUUAAGCUGGUUGGGAUGGAGAAGGAACAGAGCGAGUAUGAAGAGAAGCAAAACAAAGCUGAGUCAGUAGUGAACCUGAUCAGUGAACUGCAAGAACAAAUGUGUAGACUGCAGCUGGAGAUUAAUAAUAAAAUCCAGGAAAGAAAGGCCCACAGUAGGAAGCCAAAUAUGGCAGCAGUCGGUCCUCAAGAUAGCAUUGAAUCGGUGACAGAGAUCCCUACAUGGAAGAAUUGCUCUCAGUGUGAUAAUUUACUGCAGGAACUGAAACACCUAAAAAUUAAGGUUGAAGAGCUGGAAAAUGAAAGAACCCAGUAUGAAUGGAAACUAAAAGCAACCAAGGCUGAAAUAGCACAGCUUCAGGAACAAUUAGCUCUAAAAGAUUCAGAGAUUGAACGAUUACAGAGUCAAAUCUCGAGGACAUCAGCAAAUAAUGAAAUUGCAGAAAGAGAGGAAGUAUAUAAGCGAAGGCUAAAAGAAAAACAUCAAGAGGUCCAACGUUUGAAAGUAGGAAUGGAAUCAUUGUUGGCUGCGAAUGAAGAAAAGGACCACCGAAUAGAAGAGUUAACUGUCUUGCUAAGUCAGUACCGAAGAGUGAAAGAGAUCAUGACAGCAGUACAAGGAACUUCAGAAAGAGUUUUGUAUGGAAGCAGUGAAGAUGAUCUUGAGGCAACUUUAAGAAAAUGGAACCCCAUGAACAAGCCCCAAAUAGAACUAUAUAAACCAGAGGUACCUCCAGGGGAAUUGACCCCACCUAUGUUGCCUCCGCCACCACAAAAAACGUUGGAAAUCAGUGGAAGCUCUCCAGGUCCCUCAGGUAAUCUGUUUUCUACAAAUGGACACAGCCUAGAGCUCCAAAACAAGGUGUCUCACAAAAAAAUAUCAAGUAGCCUAGAAGACUUGCAAAGUGAAUCCCUGGAAAAGCAUGUAGAUGGAAAACCAGUAGAACGUGAUAUAGAACAAGAGAAUAAGUCAUUUGUGAAAAGCAGCAAAUACCAGACCUUGCCAGGGAAGCUUCUUCGACCUGCACACAAUAGUGAUGAUGGGGUAUGCAAUACCCCUGCUUCUCCAAAAACAUAUUGUGUGAAUGGCAAUGAAGACAAUGGGAUACAGAGCCUGAGAGACUCUGACAAUGUGGACGGUACAAUGACUUCAGAUGACCUUUCACCUUUGUCAUCGGGAACAGAAUUGGGUGCACAGUCUCCAUUAUCUCCAGAAAAUAAAAAAAGCCCAAGGGGAAUAAAGAAAAUAUGGGGAAAGAUACGCAGGACUCAGUCUGGAAAUUUCCCUGGAGAUGAUUUGGGCUUGGUUGAAUUUCGAAGAGGUGGCCUCCGUGCAACAGCUGGACCUAGAUUAUCUCGGUCAAAGGAAACCAAGGGACAGAAGAGUGAUCAUAAUGCCCCAUUUGCCCAAUGGGGCACUGAACGAGUUUGUAACUGGCUUGAAGACUUUGGUCUUGGGCAGUAUGUCAUUUUUGCACGACAGUGGGUAACGUCUGGCCACACUCUCCUAACAGCAACACCACAGGAUAUGGAAAAGGAACUAGGAAUAAAGCAACCUCUUCACAGGAAGAAAUUGGUUUUGGCUGUUAAAGCUAUCAAUAUGAAACAAGAUGAUAAGUCUGCACAGCUAGAUCAUAUUUGGGUGACUCGGUGGCUUGAUGACAUUGGCUUACCUCAAUAUAAAGAUCAAUUUCAUGAAUCGAGAGUUGAUGGCAGAAUGCUGCAAUAUCUAACUGUGAAUGACCUCCUCUUCCUCAAAGUCACAAGCCAGUUGCAUCAUCUCAGCAUUAAGUGUGCCAUUCAUGUUCUCCAUGUGAACAGUUUCAACCCUCACUGCCUACGUCGGAGGCCGGCAGAUGAGAGUAACAUUUCACCUUCUGAAGUAGUUCAAUGGUCUAAUCACAGAGUAAUGGAAUGGCUCAGAUCAGUAGAUCUCGCAGAAUAUGCACCAAAUCUUCGAGGAAGUGGAGUUCAUGGUGGCCUUAUUAUCCUUGAACCUCGUUUUAAUGGUGAUACUCUGGCAAUGCUUCUCAACAUUCCACCUCAAAAAACGCUGCUCAGACGCCACUUAACCACUAAUUUCCAUGUGCUGAUUGGACCAGAGGCACAGCAAGAAAAAAGGGAAAUAAUGGAAUCUACCGCUUAUACACCUCUGACUACCACUGCUAAAGUCCGGCCAAAGAAACUUGGAUUUUCACAUUUUGGAAACUUAAGAAAAAAGAAAUUUGAUGAAUCCACAGAUUACAUUUGUCCUAUGGAUGCAAGUCCAAGUCCAACCAAUGGUACUCAGAAGACCUAUGGUGCAUACAAAGCGCACGGUGCACUUCCUGACAAAGAAUUAGACAAACUGGAUCAGAUGGAACAUUCUGAAGGAGCAGUAAUGCAAAUAGGGGAACUCUCUCAAGGAAUAAACAACCUCACUACUAUGUUAAGCCAAGAUCAGAUGCUGAAUGAUGAUAGAUUUUUAACACCAACUUUUGAGGAUUGGAGAUGAAGAUUCCAUAUGACCAACAACACUCUAAUACCUCAGUUGUAUUAGGGGAUAUGACUUGCCCAGGCUGGGUGCUCUGUUUAAAAAGCUGCCACUGUCUUUGCCAUUGAAAUACGUGAAACCUCUUUAAGUGAUGUUUUUCAAACACCCCUAACAGGGACGAACACCCUGCAGUCUAGUACUUAGCACAUGCAGUCAAAGAACCUAUGCAACAUUUUUAGAAAUAGGAAAAUUGAGAGUAUGUAAAUAUAUUUUAAAGCACAGUGAGCCAUUUACUGGUCAGUGAUCCAUUUUCUGUAUUUUGUACUUGUUUCUGGUGCAUAUUGGAAUCCCAUUAGUUUCCUACGGUACUGGUCAUCAUGAAUGGUCAAUGCAACGAUUUUCUUCCGAUCUGGUAUAAUGAUCCCCUGAUAUGAUAAUUGUGCUAAUUGUUUACUUGACCACUUACAUUAAAGCUGCAACUAAUGUGUCACCUGUUGGACACUAGAUGCUCCCACAGUUUAAAGGGAAUUCCAGUCCUGUAUUCAGGCUUCCUACAUCCCUUCUAUCUUGUGUUCUAAAUUGUACGUGUGGUCUGCAAUAAGAAAAUGUGAUUUUUUACUUAAUAAGGCCAAAUAGUGAAGUGUAGAAGACUGGUCCUCUAUUGUCAUGAUUCUUUCUAUGGCAUCUCAUCCUUCCUUACCAACAUCUCUCAGAUGAGCUAGUAGAAACAUGAUGCUCAGGUUACAAGGAAAAUAUUUCGUUACCUUAAAUACUGCACUUUUUAAAUACUGGAGGUACAUUUAUUGCACCCUAGCAGUACCCUUACAGUGGAGUAAUUUCAAAGAAUUUGUACUCAGUGAGCUUUUACUGUAGUAGCUGAAAGCAAAAUGCUCCUCAAACUGCUAUCUGGGUAUUUAAUUGAGAGCAUGAAGGACAGACGAUGAAGGAACCAAAUGAAAAACCAGAACUGGACUUUCUUUCCUUCUGGCCAUUACUACCCUCUACAAUACUAGAACUAAACAAUGGGAUGUCCUAGUACCAAGGCUGAAUUAACCAUUUUGGGGUGUGAAGAAAGCAGUAAAACCACUAGCCACAGAUGGUAUGGCAAGCCCUGUCCUUCAAUAAGCCUCUUUAAUUCCUGCUAUAAAUCAAAGGAGUUACUUGGAAUAAGGGGUCGCUUUAACCCUUGAAUCUAAAUUGGACCUAACAUUUUCUAAUAUAGAUGCUUCUUGCACACGAGGCUUUUUUCUUUCAGUCUCAAUAGUUCUCCAGAUGGAAUGGCAGGAGACUAAGAUUAGUUUUCCUGCUCCAUAAUACUCUGCCUGGAAGCUAAAUUUUCCAUACUAAACAUAAAUUAUCUGUAAUUUAAAGCAUUUGUGUUAUCUACUUUCUGUUCUGUAGCAUUCAUGUUCUAUUAUUAUGGCUGUCGCACUGCACAUAACUCCUUCUUGUUGCCUUUACCAAAUGAGCUUUCCUAAAGCAGAACUUUUGCUCUGUCCUGUUCCAAAAGUGACAUUACAGUAAAUAGCAGCAGUUCUGUAAACAUUUUCUUUAUUUUUCUCUCUUUGCUCAUGCACAUCCUGCCCUAAAGACCUCUAGCCUGCUCUGUCAUACUAUUUUGAACAUCUACACAUCACUAGGCAAGGGUACCACCUGCUGGUGACAAAGUUUGGUUCACAAAACAAAACAUUCCACAUGUAGCCUAUGUUGCCAUUCUAAUAAUGCCAUCCCGAGUGUUUUUUUCCUGCAGAGGGGCUGCUCAGCAUUCAUGAGCAGAUAUUUGUGGGUGGCAGCGUGGGCUUUACUAUUCUGAGAGUUAAGUAAUGGGCCUUUGGAAGUUUGUACAGGAUGAAUACUUGAAGCAUAAGCUGUUCAAUAGCUUUCAGACCUACUGAGCUUUUUAACAUAUAUGUAUGUAUCGCUUCUUAAGACAGUUCUGGAACAAGAACACUCUAUAAUUUCAAAUGCAUGAAAAAAGCUGCUGUACACCAUUUUUACAAAGAAGGUGGUUGAAGCAUAAGCAUACAGGCAGAUUGUCCCAGGGUAUGGGUCCGAAGAUACAUGAGGUUACUGCUACUUUACUGAAGCAAAGCAGGUCUGGGUCUAGAUGGGUGACUGCCUGGAAACUACAUGUGUGUCUCCUUUGCUUUCAUAAUGUAAGAAAGGCAAGAUGUAAAUGUAAGAAAAUAAAAUCAUUAAAUAUAUAAAACCCCAGAAA